GCCCCGGAGGAGGCGGGGCCGGCCGGGCGCGCCGCGGUGUGGCAUCAUGCUUCUCUGUGACAUCUACCCUGUCUACAUAAUGUUUCUUUCUUUCAAAGGCCGCCAAAGUUGAGAAUAAGGCUUUGAAACUCCCACCAAUGAAGCUGAAAAUUUCCUGUGUCUGGAUUCAAAAGUUAAGACUAAAAAAGAUUUUAAAAGCUAAAGGAAGAUGUCUUUUUACCCUAAAAUCUCUUUCCAACGUGAAGUUGAAGAAUAUCUAACCAAAGUGUUCAGAAAUAAUGAGCUUAUCACGGCUUUAGGUGCACGGGAGGUGGAGAAUAGAUAUCAAUCUCUCUUAAGUCAUUUGUCUCAUCCACCAGCUUUCACAACUGUUAGAGUUAAUACCCACUUGGCCUCAGUGAAACAUGUGAAAAAAUUGCUGUUUGAAGAGAUCCAGAAGCAAUUUAAAGGACUACGUGUUCCAGUUCUUGAGCAUCCAAAACUCCAGGACAUCUUAUUAAUUCCUGUCAUUGGACCCAGACAAGAUUUAAAAAAACAUGCAUCUGAAGUCAUUGUUGGAGCCCAGUGUGGAAAUGCAGUACUUCGAGGAGCACAUGUUUAUGUCCCUGGAAUCAUAUCUACCUCAAGAUUUAUGAAAGCUGGAGAGCUGGUCUCAGUGUAUUCAGAUAUUGAAGGGAAAUGUAAGAGAGGAGCCAAGGAAUUUGAAGGACUCAAAGUUUUCCUUGGAAACGGCAUUUCAGAACUGAGUCGCAGUGAAAUCUUCAGUUCAAGUGGCCCCCUGAAUGGAAUGGGCAUAAGAAUGAUAGAGCCAGUCUACCUUAGUCCUUCGUUUGACAAUGUGCUCCCUAAUCAUGUGUUUUUACAGAACUUGCCUUCUGUGGUUGUGAGCCAUAUUUUAAACCCUCAACCAGGAGAGAGAAUUUUGGAUAUGUGUGCUGCACCUGGAGGAAAAACAACCCAUCUUGCAGCAUUAAUGCAGGAUCAGGGUGAAGUAAUAGCCAUGGACAAGAUAGCUAGCAAGGUCAAAAAAAUUAAACAGAAUGCUGAAUUGCUACAGUUGAAUUGCAUUAAGGCAUUUUGUUAUGAUGGAACAAAGGCACUUUCAGUUGAGAAGAGAGAGGAUGAACAAGAAGGACCUCCAUUCUUACCAGAGUCAUUUGAUCGAAUUCUUCUUGAUGCUCCAUGUAGUGGGAUGGGACAGAGACCAAACAUGGCUUAUUCCUCAACUUUAAAGGAAGUGACCUCUUACCAGCCACUGCAGCGCAAGCUUUUCACUGUGGCAGUGCAACUGUUGAAGCCUGGAGGUAUUUUAGUGUAUAGUACAUGUACAAUCACACUCUCUGAAAAUGAGGAGCAAGUUGCUUGGGCCCUGAAAACUUUUCCAUGCCUCCAGCUUCAGCCACAGGAACCUCAUAUUGGAGGAGAAGGCAUGAGAGGAGCUGGACUGUCGCUUGAUCAGCUGAAACUGCUGCAGAGAUUUGAUCCAUCUGCUGUGAAGUUGCAAGGAAUGGAUAUUGACUCUUUGGAAGAUUCCAGGGAAGAUGAUUUAAUUUCACUGGCAAAUAAGGACUGUAUAGGAUUUUUUAUUGCAAAAUUUGUUAAAUUGAAUACUAAAUAAGCACUUAGGAAUGCAACCUGGAAAAAUACCUCUGUGGGUCUAAGAACAGCUCAGAAGUGAAGUCUGUUUCUUGUGCUGCAAUGUUGCCAAGCCAACAGGCUGACGGCAGGGUUGCUAUGGCAGCAAUAAAAUCUGCCAGCUGUUCUGCUGGGAAAGAGCCACAGGUUGCAUAAAGAAAGUCAUGGCUGGGGGAAGGGUAGUAUAAUUUUAAAUUCUCCAUUUGCUUUUGUAUUUACAGCAGGUCAGUGCCAGAAUGACAAGUCCAUGCACUCAUACUGCUGUCCAUUCUGUCCUCACAUGAACCAUUUUUAAUAGUGCAGCAAGUGUAGGGACAGAGUUUCUCUGGGAGGGGAAUUAAUCUAUAUUAUGAAAUGCAGACAUAAAUAAAAUAUGUGGGAACUAUUAUGAAUUUUGGACAAGGUAGUUUCUAUGGAGGUUUACCAAUAGUUAAUGCUUUGUUAAAUAGUUCUUCACAAAACACUGUAACAUUUUACAAAGAACUAGUUUAUAAAUUUCAUACUUAGAACCUCAUUUCUCUUUUAUUUUAAUACAAGCAAGAUUCUCUGUACACAUAGUAUAUACACAAAAUACGAUUAGGCUUUUGUAGCAUGUCUUUUAUAGCAGCAUGAAUAUAUUAAACCAUCUCACUCUGGGAAUGUAAAUAAAUAUUGUUUCAACAUCAAACUUCCCAUGCAUAAACUGUAUUGGUUUUGAAGGAGCCUAUUGGACUGGCUGACAAGUGACAAUUUUAAAAUCAAACAUGUGCAACAGAAGGGGCUACAGGGGUUGUGAUCAAUAUAUCAAAAGACAGAAAAUGAUGCAUAAUACCAUCUGAAAUGUUGCAAACCAUCUUUCAAACAACUAAGGAUAUUAAUUCUUUAUUAGCUAAAAAGCAUCACUAGCUAGAAUCAUAUACAAAUCGAAACUGGGGAAACAUGCUAAUUGGAACUGACUUAAUACACUGCUCAAAGUUUUAAUAAUCUAUUUUUCAAAGUGUAUUUUAUGUAUUUGAAGAUUCUGCUUCAAUUCCAGACAUGUUCUCAGUUUGAACAGCAUUCCUUUUUCUUAGUAUUGCUGGAAUUGACAAUAGCACUGAAAUUAGAGGUAAGAACAAUUUGAAAAUGUAAACUCAAUCUCUUUGUGUUUGUUUUUUUUCCUCUCAUGCAUCAAUUUCCAGUUUUUUAAAGCUUUAUCUGAAAAAUGUCUGUUUCACAGAUAAAUAUUUGGUUGUAUUGAAAAAAACUAAACUUUUAUAAUUUGUCUUUAGAUUGUCAUAAGUGCUUUUACAUUUGCUUGCAAUCAAAACUAUUCACACAAUUUUGUUUCUCAGUAGUCUGGUUGUUUACUCAUAUUUCCUAUAAAUGUUUUGUACUGCAUGUUUUCUAACCUUCUUAAAUGAAACAAAUGUCCCUUCUGCUCUGCCAAGGCUGAUGUACAUUCUCUGUAAGGCCUAUCCUAGAAGGAUAGGAGGACGGAAUUCUUGUCUACUGCUUGUCUGUUGGUUACUCCUUAUUAUUAACCACAACGUGUCUAGAUAUUUAAAGUCAUUUGUUUCAUCAGUAGUAGGUUAGAUACCCUGUUUAUAAUCAUAGUAAUUCAUACUAUAAAUUUGUAUUUUUAGUCUAAAUAUGG